UUCAAUGGACCAUAGAAAGAUCAGGAAGCCACUGAUGGAGAAAAAGAGAAGAGCACGGAUCAAUGAGUCACUGGAGAUUCUCAAAGAAAUCAUCAUAAGAAAUGCCUCGCUUUUUCCCACGCACGGAAAUCGACCCACAAAGCUCGAGAAAGCGGAUAUUUUGGAGUUAACAGUGCAAUAUGUGAGGAUACUCCAUGGAAAGCUCGCAGCUUCGGAAAAUGUGAAUGAUUGUGUGACUUCUACAACGUCGGAAAAUGCAGAAAAUGCAUCAAAAUCCUCAGGAGCGAAGCGAAGAUAUUCAGAGGAGAAGGAAAAUCUGCCACAAGUGAUCCAUUGUCCAAGAUUGAGCAGUGAAAAAGCUCUCAAAAGUGCCUUUAGACGAAUUGAUUGCAACAUUCCUGCCCUAUCAAAUCACUGGAGACCAUGGAGAUGA